AUGAGUAAUAUAAUAUGUGGAAUAGAUCAACUAACAUCUUCAACUUGGUUUGCUUACAAUAAGCUAAAUGGAGACAUUUGUUUUUUGACUAAUUUCAGAAAUCCAGCUAAUUAGGUAGAAAAUAAAAAUUAUGGAUCAAGAGGCCAUCUUGUGAUUGAAUAUGUUAAGAUCAAUGAUGCUAGCAUUUAAAACAAAAAAUUCAAGUCAGAAUCAGAUUAUGAGAAGAAUUUGUUUACUAUAGUGACAAGAGGAUUUAACAUUGUCUAUGGGAAUGUAUUCUCCAGAAAAUUCAAAUAUUUUCAAUACAAGAAUACAGAUGAGAGAUUAAUGAAAGAGAGUAUUGAUUUGGAGGCUGGAAAAAUAUAUGGAUUAUCAAAUGGUGGUCUUGAUUAAUGGGAUAAGGUAAUUAGAGGUAAGUAACUAUUUGAAGAAAUAAGUGAACAAGCUGAGAUAGAAUUAGUCAGAAGUCAAGACAACGAUAAGCAAGAAAUCAUCUAAGAAAAAAUGCAAAUUUUAUCCAAGGAUUUAAUAUAACUUAUGAAAAAUGAUACUAAAUCUCAUUGGGGAAGUGUUUAGUCUGGUACUGGAUACCCCAAAAUUUGGGAGUUUAUAAAUUCUAGCAUAUUUGCAUGUAAUAAUUUAGCUAAUUUCUGCACUGUUAGUACUAGCAUAUUUAUUUUGCACAAGAGUAAUUAAGCAUGUUUCCUCGAAUAAAGAUACAGACAUAACUCUGCAUUUUUAUCAAAAUUAGGAUCCAGCCUUAACAUAUGCCGGCCAAGGUAUGACGUAGCAACUGAAGUUUAUGAGGUCUUCGAAUCUAAAUAAUGA